CGCUGCCAUCCUUCCCCGCCAUCACCGUCCUUCGUCGCCGUCGUCGCCGCCGCCACCGCCAUCAUGUCGACAAGACAUUCCUUAGACUACGCGUCCCUCGAAAGCAACAACAAAUGGAGGAACCUCCCCUCGCCACCGGGCUUCUCCAAGUCAACCUCAACCAAGGGCCCCUCGAAGCCCGCCGCCUCCCUCCCUCUCUCCCGUUAUGACGAGCUGAAGGAGAAGCGCGCGUGGGACUUUGCCAUCGCGCCUGCGAAGAGCCUGCCCAUGCAGGCGUUCAUGCUCUACAUGUCCGGCGGCGGCAUCCAGAUCUGGAACCUCGGCAUCGUGUUCAUGCUCAUGCUGGGCCCUCUGCAGGCGCUGGCGAAGAUCAAUCAGGCUUUCGCACCCUUCGCGCCCUCCACGGCGACGGAUACGAAGGCAACAUCGACUUUGCUGUUGCAGAAGCUGGCUUACCUCGCGUGCAACCUGCUCACGAUCGGCGUCGGGCUGUGGAAGUGCAGGUCCAUGGGAUUGUUGCCCGCGGGGACGGCGGACUGGUUGCCAUACGAGACCAGGGGACAGGCCCCGGAGAUCUCACUAUUUUGAGUGUACACUAGCCAGAUAUGCGAUUACAUCUAUUUGGAGGGUAUGCUUGGCGGUGACCGUCUACACAACCCGAGCGACGAAACUUGCAUCAGGACUUCAAUUAUGGAUUCU